CAAACAAGAUCAUGUGAUUUCCUGUCCGCCUCAGCAUGGCUCAGCUCGGCGUUUUCCUGCUCGUGUUCGUGACGACUUCUGCUUCAGCCGGAAACUUUUUUACAGAGAAGCUGCGAUGUUACCAGCCGAGGCCUCGGAAACCCGACUUCGGAGUGAAGACCGCAGUCCGUCCUCAUGAGCUGCUGAACCUCGCCGAGCUGCCCAGGUCCUGGGACUGGAGGAACGUCAACGGCGUCAACUACGCCAGCAUCACCCGGAACCAGCACAUCCCUCGGUACUGCGGCUCCUGCUGGGCGCACGGCACCACCAGCGCACUGGCAGAUCGAAUCAACAUCAAGCGGAAAGGAGUGUGGCCAUCUGCCUAUCUGUCCGUCCAGCAUGUGCUCGACUGCGCCGACGCCGGCACCUGUCACGGAGGAGACCACGCCGCCGCGUGGGAAUACGCCAACACGCACGGCAUCCCUGACGAGACCUGCAACAACUACCAGGCCAUAGACCAGAAGUGCAAUCCAUUCAAUGUGUGUGGGACCUGCACGACGUUCGAAAAGUGCCACACGGUGCGGAACAACACCAUGUGGAAGGUGGCUGAUUUCGGAGAGGUUAGCGGACGGGAGAACAUGAAGGCGGAAAUCUACGCCCGAGGACCCAUCAGUUGCGGGAUCAUGGCCACAGCGAAGCUCGACGUGUACGCCGGCGGCCUGUAUUCAGAGUUUGUCGAGACCCCCGACCUCAACCACAUCGUGUCGGUGGCCGGCUGGGGGCUGGAAAAUGGCACCGAGUACUGGAUAGUGCGUAACUCCUGGGGAGAGCCGUGGGGUGAGAAGGGCUGGCUCAGGAUUGUAACAAGCGCCUACAAAGGAGGGAGCGGAAGCCGGUACAACCUCGCUGUGGAGGAGGACUGCAUGUACGGCGACCCGGUUAUCCCAAAAACCUACCUGUAGAGGAACUGUGGAACAACUCUGCAUUUACCUUUAAUUGAAAUUGUUGUAGUGCUGUGGGGAUUCCUGAUGCUACAAUCUGGAAAACCAAAGGAAAUAAAAGAUUUGGUACAGCUA